AUGAAACCAAGACCAUGUUUAAUUUGGAAUACCAAUCCAAUUCAAGUGUUGUUGAUGGCAAGGUUUGAUAGAAGUGACGUUACUAAUCCAAACUUUCAAUGUGGAUCAUUAUCAACAGGUUACAUCCGCCGCCAUCUUUUAUCCGUUUAUCCAAAAGAAGGACUUGAUAGUAGACGAGCAAUUAAAGCAAAAACAACAAAAAAUAGUCCUAUCACCAUCACAAACACAAACCUCAUAUUAAUUCCUGUGACUGUUGUAGAUCUCACAACAUUUGAUAGAUUAGUUCCGGAGUUUUUCGACCAAGAAGAUAUGAAUUACGUUAAUUCACUGCUGUUCGAAUUAUCGAUUGAAGAAACUCAACAAAAACUUAAAGAAAAAUCAGAAGCAAUUAGCAAAAUUAAUUAUGAAUUAAUAUUAAAUAAUAAUAAUGAUGAUAAUAAUGAUAAUGCUUCAUUACCAACAACGAGAAGCUUUUUUUCGAACCAGUAUAUGUCUUCACUACUAUCACCAUUAAAAAAAAUCAACAUCAUUGAAAAUAAAAAUUUCACACGUGAGAUAAGUUUAAUUGAAAAUAUUGAUGAUCAUGAUGAUGAACGUAUAAUAUUUUUAUUGAACGAAACUGGUGAAUCAUUGUCAAUUGAGAAUCUCAUUGGUUUAAAAAUUCCUAUGUCAUCGACACCAGUUAAUAUAAUACAAUAUGAAUACGUUUUAUUAAUUGUAUUAAAAGAAUAUCAAUUAGACGCUGAUCAUCAAACUAUUCAAAUAGAAGAUUCUCAAAAGAAACAAAAAAUUGAUUUUAAAAUUAGAAAUCAUGUUAAAACUAUGAACAUGAAUGGUAUAUGCAAGCGUGUGUUUGAUUUAGGAUUAUCGUCAUAUUCAAACUGGCCAAUGCAAAUACUUUGUGAUACUCAAAUUCACAAUGAUCAUCGAUGCAUUACUUUUAGUUCAAUUGUUAAAAUCAAUAAUAAUACAACACGGCCAUUAAUUAUUUUAAAUAUUGAUUCAAUUGAUGCCAAACAAUAUCAUACAAUUGCAAAAAUUGAUGUUGAUGAUGAAUAUUAUGUACCUAUUGCUUCACUAUAUAGAAACUCAGGUCCAACAAUCUUCAUUGGUAUUGAUGGUGAAGCUUAUUUAGAAAAUACUAAUCAACUUGAUCGAAAUAGUUUUACCUUUUCUAUUCAUUCAUCUUUUCAUUCGACUACUAGUUUAUCUGAUGUUCAAUGCUCAAUGGAUAUAUUGGAACCUGUACAUUCCGCAUUAAUGAAUGCACGAUUUCUUGUUGAUACAUUUAGUUCAAAUCCAUUAAUUCGAUCUGAUCGAGCAUGUGAAGAUUUAGUUGAUGAAGUUAAGAUUAUUUAUUACUAG